ACAGACAAGGAAGCGAGAGAGUCGAGAGAGAAGCAUCGGGGAAUCGGAGCAAAGGCAAAGGCGUAUCUCAGUUCAGUUGUUGGUCUUGCUCGUUCAACGUCACUCCUGGCGAGACAGCUCUCUGGUGACAUAUAUCUAAUGUCCCAAAACUAUUAUCCGUCUUCUGACAUUCUACAAGCCAACUUUGCUUGUUAUAAGUUGAUGAAGAAUGGCUACCAUAAAUACUAAUGCACAGUGUGUAUUGGAUCAGUAUGUUAAGGAGGUGUCUGACUUCAGUUCCCAAUAUGGUAGUGAUGGUUCAAUAUCAUAUGUUGCAAAUAAUGUAAUUGGGAAACCAGCACUCUAUCCUGAGUAUGGAGACUUUUCAGCAGCAUAUUGCAUGAGGAGUUAUGGCAAAUGGUGGACAAAAUGUGAAUCAUCCACACAUCCUAUCGAUGAUCCUCGGCCAUUGUUACCUCCAAGUGUUGAUUUCAUUGAUGUGAGAUAUGAAAUUGCUGUGUAUCCUAUCAGGAUUGAUUUCUAUGAAACCUACAAUCCUGGUAGUGUGGUACGAGUAUGGGGUUCCUUAGAAGGGCAAGGUUGGGUGCUCUUGUGGUCGGGAGAGGCACAGCUUGGCUUACGUCAAGUUGCACGCAUUUUCUCCCCACCAGUUAUACAAGCUGAUAAACCUGUGAAUCUGCUGAGAAUAGAAUUUGAUCAACGUUGCCACAAUUACUAUUCUGCACUUGAUGCCAUCCUCUUAGUGGGCUCUACACACACAUCAAGUAAACAGCAUUUGACCUUUCAAGAAACCAUUACAUCACAGAUCAUGAAACUAGGUCUACACAACAUAGCGAGUGAAGAAGAAAUCCUUUCCGGUGUGCAGUUCCUUUUGUCCGAAGAAAACUUGUUGAGGAUGGUGACAGAGGACAGUGAGAGCAAGGAUGUAGAACCUCUGAGAGAAGAGAAGGCAGAAUUCAUGGAUGAAUGUGAGACUGAGUCCAGCACAAAAGAAGUAAUUAAUGAUGAAAUAAGUGAGAGCAAAUUACAGGACUUAGUGGAUGAGGGUACAAGUGGAGGUUACUUUGACAUGUUGCCUGAGGAACUCAUUAUUCACAUUUUGAAAGAACUGGAUAUAAGAAGCCUAUGUCGCUUGGCCCACACCUGCAAACUGCUUCAGAAGUACACUUCAGAUCCCUUCUUAUAUAUUAGACUGAAUCUCAAGAACUGUUGGUGGUUGGUGAGCAAUGCCACCCUAGAAUGUCUUUCAUCCAGAUGCUUGCUUCUACAGUCUCUUGACCUUUCAUGGUGUGGUCCCUACAAUGCUCUUGACACUGAAACAUUUAUGGAAUUCAUCCACACGUGUGGAAGACAGCUCACCAUAUUGCGUCUCAAUAACUGUCACUUCAUUGAUAAUUAUUGCCUCUAUAUGAUUGCUAAUGUCUGUCUCAAUCUGGAAGAAUUGAGCAUGGCCAACUGCUUCAAAGUCGAUCAUCUUGGUUUUGGGGAACUGAAGAAAGCAAGAUGUUUAAGUCGAUUAGAUUUGUCUCGAACACGCAUCGAUUUCCAUACACUGCAACUGUUACUACAACAUGCUGGUCAACUUCGCCAUCUUAGUCUGAAUAAUUGCACUCAGCUUGAUAUGGAUGAGGUUGCGCUGACACUGGCUACCUUUAGCCGUGACCUGAUAUCACUUGGUGCAUGGAAGACUCACGGUCUCACAGCCAGAGGUCUUCGUGCUUUGGCUUGCAUUCCAACACUCCAAGAUCUUGACUUGGGUUGGGCGUUGUCAGGAGUUAUAACUGAGGGUCUGGGUGAGUUAGUACGAGGAUGUCGAGGACUGAAGCGAAUUUAUCUUACUGCAUUGAGAACACUAACAGACCAUGACCUACAUCACUUGAUGACACACUCUCAUGGACUCACACAGCUUGACAUCAUGGGCACAAGAAAUGUUACUCCAGAAGCUGUGCACAGAUUACUGCAGAGCUGCCAACAUUUGGAAUUACUUGAUGUCAGUUUUUGUGAACAAAUUCAUGUUACAUACAUACAUCAGUGGAAUUCACAGUUCCCAAAAGUUGCCAUCAAAGGGGGACUGAAGCACCAAGUUCGAAUUGUGUGAAAAGGACAUCUCAGUGAGGAAAUAUAUUUAUUAUAUUUAUGAUUUUUUAUUAUUAUUAUUUUAUUUUAUUUUAUUUUAUUUUUUCUGUGUGAUUUAGAUAUUGAAUGUUAAUUGAGAAGUUAAUGGUUUUCCUUAAUCAAAAAAUUAAUUGUCAAUGGAUUUUGAAUAUGAAUAAGGAACCAUAAACAUUACAAUUAAGACUCUUAACUGAUAUACCAGUCUAAACUUAUGGUAUGAAGUUAAUACAGGUAAUCCUCGGUUUACAGUGCCCAUUUGGUGUAUAUUGCUCUAGCAUGAUUUUUUUUAUGGCUCCAGUUUUUUUCUUCUCUUUCUUUACCAUGUAAAUUAUUCAAAAUAACAUUAUUUUUUAGCUAAGGUUUUGUGCGUCAGUGAGCAUUUCUCAGGACAUGGAACACGUCUUGUGCCUUCCCUCCCCACUAGUUCCGCCCAUGCAACACUUAUUUUGGCCAUUGCCCACCCCCUCUUGACAUUUGGGCUUCUCUUAUGAAAUAUCCACCUCAAAAGUGGCUGUCAGAAGGACAUUAAGUAUUUAUGAAAACUAAGAGAAAAAUAUAAAGCAAACUACAAAACGAUGUUAAAUUAUUGAAUUUGCCCAAGCACUCAACAUAGCUAACAAUCCAUGCUUCAUCUUGUUAUUCUUAAUAGCACAGUGAUUGAAAAGAUGGGAAAAUGCUGACUAUAUGGACUGAAGAUCAGAACUAGUGCACUUUCACUCACCAAGCUUUUCUUUAACACAUAAGUGAGCUCAGUGCAUCUCUCUUUAAUUAUUGUGUAUAAUAAUUUAAACAGCUUCUAUGAAGUAAUUGUCAUUGUUAUUUGAUUUUACAGUACAGAUUUAGAAAUGGAACUACCGUAAAUCGAGAACUACAUGUGUUUGCUUAGUGGCCAAAUAAUGUUUUUAAAAUUUUUGUUGUCUUUUAAUAUUACAUUAUGAUGUUUCUGAAGAAGAGAAUUAUGGUGUUGUAUUACAUUAAUGGUUAUUCAUGCCUUGAGAUAUUUAAUCAUUAUAUUUGUUGAUAUUGUAUCUUAAAAAAAAUUGUUUGAUUCUUAAUCUUGACCUUUGCUAUAAUGGAGAUGUGUGUUAUAUCUUCAGAUAUAUAAUUAGUCAAGUUAAUGACUAAAAAUUAGUAGAGUCACAUUUGGGAAUAUGUAGUGCAACUGUAGCAUGGUUGGUCAGCUAAAGUUAUCUAAAAGGGUUAAUUUAUUAAUUUAUUAUGUGGUAAUAAUACUGGAAACUAAUAUUUAGUUUUCAGUUUUGUAUUACUCACAACUACCAUUUCUUGUUUGUAUGAAAUUACAUAUUGUAAUUCACAGUUAUGUUAUUUUUUAGUUUUUUCUCUUUAAACUGAUGAUGGCCAACCUAGCAGGAUGUUAGAUUUUAUUGAAAAUAUCAAGGUGUUAUCACACAGAGAUAAAGCCAUUUCCUACAAUUACAGAAAUGAUGUGUAAAUUGUUUUACAAUUUGUAAUAAUUACUGUUUAUGGGGGAAGAUUAAAGCUCUUGAACCUGAAUAUUCUCAGAAUGUUACAUUGAUUUUUGUAUUUUUAUACAUAUAUAUAAUAUAUAUGUAUAUAUCUAAAUAUAUAUAUAUAUAUAUAUAUAUAUAUAUAUAUAUAUAUAUAUAUAUAUAUAUAUAUAAUAAUAAAAUAUAACAAGGUAGAGCAUGUUAAAUUGGAAAAUAUUGACAAAUAACUGAAAAAGCUCCAGUUAAGUUUCUCAUAGAACCAGUUCUUUGUCUAAUUCUAAAUAAAUUUCAAGCCUUUUCUCUGCUUGCCAGCUCUGUGGCUCCCCUUCUAUGCUAAUGAGAGAACUACUGCAAGAGCAGUGAGCCAGGCAACAUCAUCAGUAUUUGUUGUAUAAACUACAGCGGAAGCCCAUGUGAUUUAUCCCAGUGUGAUAACCCAUUUAACAAUAUUUCUUUUAUAUAGAAAUAGUCAAGACAUUGUAUUUAGUGUUAUAUGUUUGUUUGUUUUUUAACAUUAGAAGAGGCCUGUGUAAAGGAGUAUGUUGUAAUUUCAGCUUCAAUAUUUAAUCACAGAGAUUGUUUCAGUUCUUGCCAAGAUCUGUUCACAUAAAUUAUUUUGAACUAGGAGUCCACUGUUUACAUAUCAGGACAUUACAGAGUAGUACAAUAGAUUACUGUGCAUUCCGGAGAGAAGACAUUUUGGGGAAAUUUUCCCCUAGGAAAAAGAAAUCCUAGGGUUCUAGUCAGUAGGCAAUAAAUAUACUUUUUA